AUGCCCAUCAGUUGGAGACUGGCGAAACAAGCUGUGUAUAGGAUGGUGAGGGAAUAUUCUUGUGCUGUAAGAAAUGAGAGGCAGGAUGAUUUUCAAAAGGCCUGGAAAGACGUGGAUGAACUGAUGUGUGGUGAAGUGAGCAGAACCCAGAGGGCAUGGUACAUGGAGACACCAGUAUUAAUUGAUGAACGGGUGCGAAGACGCGGAUGCUCCGUGGGCGUGUCGCUAAGUAUCCGAAAGCACCCCAGAGGUGGCGGGAAUGCAGGAGGGUUGCACCAUCACAGCAUCAGCUUCGACAAAUACCAUCCAGGUGACUUCAGGAAAGUGGGUAUGAGGCAUUCCCACUUGAAGAAGAACCAAAGCUACUGCCCAACCGUCAACCUUGAUAAGCUAUGGACACUGGUCAGUGAGCAGACCGGGAUUGAUGCUGCCAAAAGCAAGGAAGGGCUUGCCCCUAUCCUUGGUGUCGUUCCCGCGGGGUACUGCAAAGUCCUAGGAAAAGGGAAAGUCCCCAAGCAGCCAGUCAUCGUGAAGGCAAAAUUCUUCAGCAGAAGAGCAGAGGAAAAGAUUAAGGGUGUCGGGGGAGCUUGUGUCCUUGUGGCAGAAAACCAAUGUUAUCAAAGAAAACAAGUGUCUUUAUUAAAAAUAAAAGAAAAUCAAGUAAAUGUAUAG